AUGAGGUCAUUGAAUGAACCGAGGGCAUCUUCUCAAGUUGCAGAGUUUGGCAUCUUCUUUUCUUUUGAAGGUGACUCCACCACGUCCGCCAGGAUUGCUGCUAAGAAGGAUGAAGUGGAAUUGGAGAACUGUCUAACCAACGCUGGGAUCUCCUGUCGCCUUGGAGGCAGUCGUUACCAGCUCAACAUCUUCCCAGAGUCCUCAUAUGGAGCCAUUGACGGUGAUCCAGUCACCUCCAUUACCCUGAUCAAACAGCCAGCAAUCGAAUCGUUCAAUGGAGACAUGCCGUUUACAGGAACUAUCACUGGCUUCUUUGAUGUGCUGGCAACCGAUGUCUACCAAUUCCGCCUCAAGGCAUUCAACAUCGGUGCCAACCUCUAUAUCAACAAUCUCCUCCUUUCCUCGGCCAUGUUCGUCCAGGAGGAAAUCGACACAGUUGUCGAGAUGCAAAUCUUCCAGUCUUCUGCUGCCAACUACUUCAAAGUCGAAUUCGCCUCAAACUCACCUUCUCAAGCUGAAAGGAACAUCUCCCUGAUGUUCAAGUCUUCAACCGACCCUGAGUUUAGAGAGAUCGAGUCGUUUGUGUCCCAACUAAUUUGUAAUGAUGGUAUCCUUGACCCCUUGGAGGCUGAUCCCAAGUCGUCGUUCUACUGUUCGGAGGACCUCAACUUUAUCCGUCCCGAUCAUAUAUGA